AUGGAGGCGACCGCGUUGAGCAUCGGCAAGUCCGUGCUGAGCGGGGCCCUUGGCCUCGCCAAGUCCGCCGUUGCGGAGGAGGUGGCCCUGCAGCUGGGAGUACAGCGCGACAAGGCCUUCGUCACGGACGAGCUGGAGAUGAUGCAGUCUUUCUUGAUGGUGGCGCAUGAUGAGCAAGGCGAGCACAACAAGGUGGUCAGGACCUGGGUGAAGCAGGUCCGCGACGUCGCCUAUGACGUCGAGGAUUCGCUCCAGGAUUUUGUUGUUCGUGUGGACAAACUGUCUUGGUGGCGCAUCCCUUGCAUGCUUCUCGAUCGUCGCCAUGUUGCCAAGCAGAUGAAGGAGCUGAGGACCAAGGUCGUGGACGUGAGCCAGAGAAACUUGCGCUACGGCCUCAUCAAGGGGUCUAGCUCCACUCAGCCUGCUGCUGAUGCUGCCCCUACUGCUGCUGAUGCUGCUAUGUUUGGCGUUGAUGAAGCAAGGCAAGCUGCGAAGCAACACCAAUCAAGAUCGGAUCUUGCCUGGCUGAUCAGCACAGAGGGUGAUGACCAAAUUGGAGUCAUUGGUGUAUGGGGAACAAGUGGCAGUGUUGGGCACAGCUCCAUCAUCUCGGAGGCCUAUGAGAAUCCAAAUAUCAAACUUAGUUUUCCAUGCCGAGCGUGGGUCAGGGUGGAGCGGCCUUUCCAUCCAAACGAAUUUGUCCGGAGUAUAAUGGAACAGUUUCGAGCAACUGCCAUAGGUGUGGUUGAUUUUCCAUUGGAACUAGAGGCGGAGAAGGCGAGGCAUGAGUUUGCUCAUGAGUACAGUCGAUAUGUCAACAAGAAGAGGUAUCUGAUCGUUCUUACCGGAUUAUCCACCAUUGAAGAAUGGCAUCGAAUCAAAACUUGUUUGCUGGAAAACAAAUUGGGGAGCCGCAUCGUAGUAUCCACAGAGCAUGUUGAAGUUGCAAGCUUAUGCCCAGGCCAGGAAAGUAUUGUAUCAGAGCUCAAGCAAUUGUCUGCUGAACAAACCAUCUAUGCUUUCUACCGGCAGAGUUCUCAUGGCGUUACAUAUCCAUCAAAGCCAGCAUCGUCUAGCUCAAAGUUACCCAACAUCGCUGAGAAUGAGAUACAAGAAGACCAAUCCAAUGCUGAUGUUGAUGGAAAUAUCACAGUGCAAAAGAGGUUCACACGCACCUACACAAUGACAGGUGUUCUGGAGGAAUUUCAGCUUAUUGGGCGAGAGAAAGAAAAAUCUGAUAUAAUUGAACUAAUUGGAGAACAAGCUAGAACCCAUCAAUUUCAGGUGAUAGUAGUAUGGGGAAUGGGUGGUCUUGGAAAAACCACUCUAAUAAAAAAUGUUUUCCAGAGCAAAGAGGUCAAUGGCUUGUUUGAAAAAUAUGCUUUUGUCACGGUCUUGCGACCUUUCAAGCUUGAGGAGCUCCUUAGGAGCUUGGCAUUGCAACUUGAUGCAAACAAGGGAUCAAUGGACUUUGCAGGUGACACCCAAAAAAACAUUGCUUUGAUGGGAGUUGCAGACUUGAUUGAAGUGUUGGGUCGACGUUCAGAAGGAAAGAGUUGUUUGAUUGUUCUCGAUGACCUCUCAUCUACAACAGAAUGGGAUGAAAUACUGCCAAGAUUACGUACAAUGAGAGAUCUGGUCGUUGUGAUCACCACAAGGCGAGAGGAUAUUGCUAAGCAUUGUUGCAAAAAACCGAAGUGCAUACACUUGCUCAACGGUCUUGAAGAAAAUAAUGCAAUUACCCUGUUCACAAGAAAGGUAUUUAAGAAUAUGACUACUGAUUUGGCUGAGCAAUAUCCUGCAUUGGUUGAACCAGCAAAACUAAUCCUAAAGAAGUGCAAUGGACUUCCCCUUGCGAUAGUCACCAUUGGUGGCUUCUUGGCUGAUCAACCAACAAAAACUGCUGCAGAGUGGAGGAAACUGAAUGAGCAUAUCAGUGUUGAGCUGGACAUGAACCCAAAGUUUGAGGUCAUAAAAACAGUCCUCAUGAAAAGUUAUGAUGGCCUACCCUAUUAUCUCAAGUCUUGUUUCUUGUACAUGUCCAUCUUCCCUGAAGACCGCAAUGUUAGCCGGAGACGUUUGGCUUACCGAUGGAUUGCUGAAGGUUAUGCACGAGACAAGGCCACAGCAGAUAGAUACUUCAUGGAACUCGUAGAGAGAAGCAUGAUAUUACCAACUCAACAAUCAGUAUGCAGCAUACAAGGAUUCGACUCGUGCCAGCUACACGAUCUGAUUCGUGAUAUCAGCAUUGCAGAGUCAAUGGAGGAAAAUCUUGUUUUCAGGCUGGAGGAAGGCUGCAGCUCGAACACGCACGGUGCAGUGCGUCACCUUGCCAUAAGCAGCAACUGGGAGGGAGAUGAGCGUGAGUUGGAGAGCACCGUGGAGCUGUCCCGUAUACGGUCAUUGACAGUGUUUGGUAAGUGGAAGCCAUUUUACAUUUCUGAUAAGAUGAGGUUUCUUCGGGUGCUGGACCUGGAAGGAACAGAAGGGUUAAGAAAUCAUCACCUUGAGCACAUUGGGGAGCUUCUUCAUCUAAGAUUCCUCUCUCUACGAGGGUGUCAUGAAAUCUUUUACCUUCCAGAUUCAGUGGGUAAUCUGAGACAACUUGAGACACUAGACAUUAAAGGGACGGGUAUAGCUAUGUUGCCCAGAACCACCAUCAAGCUUAGUAAGCUAUGUUAUCUGCAUGCUGGUAGCGGUUCAGGGGAUAAUGAGAAAACUUAUUUUUCAAAGUGCGAAGACAUUUGUGAAAUGCAACGUGAUUUAUGUGUAGGAUGCUGCUCACUGGAUCUUUCAGACUUGGAUGGAUUUGGCAGGUGUGAGGCUUUCCAUCUUGUUUGCUGCUUAAUGUACCCUAAUAUCAUUAGGGGCAUAGAGGAUUCUGGUGUUAAGGUGCCAAGAGGGACCAGGAAACUGAAGGCCCUGCUUACACUGCGGUAUGUGCACCUUGCCUGGGGAAGUGCCGUUAUAAAAGAGAUAAAAGGUCUCACCGGCCUGCAGAAGCUAGGAGUGGUUGGUAUCAACAAGAAAAAUGGUUCGGGUUUCUGUUUAGCCGUUUCCAGUCUUAGUCGCCUUGAAUCGUUGUCGGUGCUGUCAGGUAAUAGCUUAAUUGGUUGUUUGGAUGGCAUGUCCAUGGCUCCGGAAAACCUCCAGAGCCUCAAGCUAUCCGGCAGCCUGGAAAAAAUACCUGAAUGGAUUGGGGUGCUCCAGAAUCUCGUGAAGCUGAAGCUGCAGUUCAGCGGCCUAUCAUGUAACUGUGCAGCCAUGCAGGCCCUUGGGAACCUGCGAAACCUAUCGAUUCUCGGAUUGUGGGAGAGGAAAAUUAAGAUGGAUGUACUCCAGUUCCAGAGUGGCCUUUUUGGAAGACUCGCAGUGCUCGAUCUUCUCUAUGAAGACAUGGAAAUCAAAUUAGUGGCAUUUGAGAAAGAUUCAAUGCCUAAUCUUAAGUUUCUGAGCCUUCGCCUUGAAGAUACUGAAACUGCCUUCUCUGGGCUAGAACUUCUCCAAAGCAUCAAGGAAGUAGGGCUCGGCGUUGAUUUUACCACUCGUUCAAUGGAACUUCCAGGAGAUAUGGGAUUGGAAGAGCGUUAUAAAGAAGAAGAAAACAAAACAAAACUCAUGAAAGACAAAUUCAAGGAGGAAUUGUGGAUCAAGCUUGAGAGGAAUAAAGGCCAUCCCGUCUUGAAGGUGGAAUGA